AUGAGUGCCAAAUGGUUGCUUUUCUUGCGAUCAUUUCUCUUCGCCAUCCUGACACACCUUGCAGCAUUUUCCACACCCAUUCACAAGGCACCACCAGCACUGAACGGCACCAACGUUGAUCGUCUAGCAUUGCUUGCUAUUAAAUCCAUGAUUAAAGGUGACCCACAAGGUCUCUUGACCUCCUGGAACCAAUCCAGCACUGAUUUCUGCCAAUGGCAAGGCGUUACAUGCAGCCCUCGCCACCAAAGAGUCACCCACUUGAACCUCGCAUCUGGAGGCCUAAUGGGUACGCUGUCGCCUUCCGUCGGAAAUCUAAGCUUUCUCAGGGUCAUUCAGCUUUUUAACAACUCAUUUUCAAGUGAAAUUCCACCUGAAAUUGGGCGUCUCUUUAGAUUACGACAACUAAGUCUCUCUUACAACUCUUUCACGGGAAACAUUCCAGCCACCAUAAUGAAUUGCUCCAACCUCCAAGUCCUUAACUUGGGUAACAAUAAUCUGGUUGGUAAGAUCCCAGAUGCGAUUGGCUCAUUGUCCAUGCUAAACAUCCUCGCCCUUCCCAGCAACAGUCUACAAGGCGGGAUUCCACCCGAAAUCGGACGUCUCUUUAGAUUACAAGAGCUAUAUCUUUUUAACAACACUUUCACGGGGAACAUUCCGGCCACCUUAAUGAAUUGCUCAAACCUCCAAAUCCUUUACUUGGCUUCUAAUAAUCUGGUCGGAAAGAUCCCUGAUGGGAUUGGUUCAUUGUCCAUGCUACGUAUGAUCAGCCUUCAUGAUAACAGUCUACAAGGCAGAAUUCCAUCUGAAAUUGGCAGUCUUUUUAGAUUACAAGAACUAUGGCUUUAUAACAACUCUUUCACGAGAAACAUUCCGGCCACCAUAACGAAUUGCUCAAACCUCCAGAUCCUUCAGUUGGGUUUCAAUAAUCUGGUCGGGAAGAUCCCAGAUGGGAUUGGUUCAUUGUCCAUGCUUAGCAUCCUUGCCCUUCACGAUAACAAUCUACAAGGCGGAAUUCCAAAUGAAAUUGGGCGUCUCUUUAGAUUACAAGAACUAUGGCUUUAUAACAACUCUUUCACGGGGAACAUUCCGGCCACCAUAACGAAUUUCUCCAACCUCCAAAUCCUUGAGUUGGGUAACAAUAACCUGGUCAGCGAGAUCCCCGAUUGGAUUGGUUCAUUGUCCAUGCUAAGCACACUCGACCUUCGUAACAACUCUUUCAGGGGAAACAUUCCGGCCACCAUAACGAAUUGCUCCAACCUCCAGAUCCUUGAGUUGGAUAACAAUAAUCUGGUCGGCAAGAUCCCAGAUGCGAUUGGUUCAUUGUCCAUGCUAAGCAUCCUCGGCCUUACCAGCAACAUUCUAGAAGGUGGAAUUCCACUUGAAAUCGGGCGCCUCUUUAGAUUACAAGAACUAUAUCUUUUUAACAACUCUUUGACGGGGAACAUUCCGGCCACCAUAAGGAAUUGCUCCAACCUCCAGAUCCUUGAGUUGGGUAACAAUAAUCUGGUCGGCAAGAUCCCAGAUGGGAUUGGUUCACUGUCCAUGCUAACCACACUCGACCUUCGUAACAACUCUUUCACGGGAAACAUUCCGGCAACCAUAACGAAUUGCUCCAACCUCCAGAUCCUUGAGUUGGGUAACAAUAAUCUGGUCGGCAAGAUCCCAGAUGGGAUUGGUUCACUGUCCAUGCUAAGCACACUCGACCUUCGUAACAACUCUUUCACGGGAAACAUUCCGGCCACCAUAACGAAUUGCUCCAACCUCCAGAUCCUUGAGUUGGAUAACAAUAAUCUGGUCGGCAAGAUCCCAGAUGCGAUUGGUUCAUUGUCCAUGCUAAGCAUCCUCGGCCUUCCUGGCAACAUUCUACAAGGUGGAAUUCCACCUGAAAUCGGGCGCCUCUUUAGAUUACAAGAACUAUAUCUUUUUAACAACUCUUUGACGGGGAACAUUCCGGCCACCAUAAGAAAUUGCUCCAACCUCCAGAUCCUUGAGUUGGGUAACAAUAAUCUGGUCGGCAAGAUCCCAGAUGGGAUUGGUUCACUGUCCAUGCUAACCACACUCGACCUUCGUAACAACUCUUUCACGGGAAACAUUCCGGCCACCCUAACGAAUUGCUCCAACCUCCAGAUCCUUGAGUUGGAUAACAAUAAUCUGGUCGGCAAGAUCCCAGAUGGGAUUGGUUCAUUGUCCAUGCUAAGCACACUCGACCUUCGUAACAACUCUUUCACGGGAAACAUUCCGGCCACCAUAACGAAUUGCUCCAACCUCCAGAUCCUUGAGUUGGAUAACAAUAAUCUGGUCGGCAAGAUCCCAGAUGCGAUUGGUUCAUUGUCCAUGCUAAGCAUCCUCGGCCUUCCUGGCAACAUUCUACAAGGUGGAAUUCCACCUGAAAUCGGGCGCCUCUUUAGAUUACAAGAACUAUAUCUUUUUAACAACUCUUUGACAGGGAACAUUCCGGCCACCAUAAGGAAUUGCUCCAACCUCCAGAUCCUUGCGUUGGGUAACAAUAAUCUGGUCGGCAAGAUCCCAGAUGGGAUUGGUUCACUGUCUAUGCUAACCACACUCGACCUUCGUAACAACUCUUUCACGGGAAACAUUUUGGCCACCGUAACGAAUUGCUCCAACCUCCAGAUCCUUGAGUUGGGUAACAAUAAUCUGGUCGGCAAGAUCCCAGAUGGGAUUGGUUCAUUGUCCAUGCUAAGCACACUCGACCUUCGUAUCAACUCUUUCACGGGAAACAUUCCAAGCACCGUAACGAAUUGCUCCAACCUCCAGAUCCUUGAGUUGGAUAACAAUAAUUUGGUCGGCAAGAUCCCAGAUGCGAUUGGUUCAUUGUCCAUGCUAAGCAUCCUCGGCCUUUCCGGCAACAUUCUACAAGGUGGAAUUCCGGCCACCCUAUGGAAUUGCUCCAACCUCCAGAUCCUUGAGUUGGGUAACAAUAAUCUGGUCGGCAAUAUAUUGUCCAUCCCUCCUACAGUUCAUUGGCUCAACUUACGUGAUAAUAAUUUUGGGGGGAAAUUACCUUCUUCCACAAACAGUUCGUCUUUAAUAUCUCUGGACCUAUCAAAUAACUAUUUUGUGGGAUCAUUACAUAAUUUGGUUUGUUCCGAUGGUGUGAAGAAGACCAAAUAUUUUAGUUUGGGAUAUAAUCAGUUAUCGGGUGUUAUUCCAGAGUGUUGGGAGAAGUGGUCGAGCUUGGUACUCUUAUGGUUAAGUGGUAAUUAUUUGUCAGGUGAGAUUCCAAGUACAUUGGGGUCUAUACCUUUGUUGCAAUUUUUAGGCAUAAGUCGGAACAAGAUUUCAGGAGGAUUACCUUCUUCCCUAUUGAAUUUGUCAUACUUAAAGGUCCUUGACCUUGGAAGAAAUAAUCUUGCGGGAAUCAUUCCACCAUGGAUUGGAAUAAAACUCACUAUGUUGAAAAUUCUCAAUCUUAGAACCAACAAUUUUUACGGAAAUGCUCCUGACCAGCUAUGUUAUCUUUCACAAGUUCAAGUCUUGGAUCUUGCUGAUAAUAACCUCUCAGGAAAUAUUCCUAGAUGCUUCAACAACUUUAGUGUGCUUUCAGGCAAAGAAACUAAUUUAGAGGUUCAAUUAUUAUUCUAUCUUGAUGAUCACUCUUUUCUUGUUGGUGAUGAAUUGGUGAUGAAGGGAAAAGAAGCCACUUAUAGAUCUUUUCUAGGGCUAGUCAUGCUUUUGGACCUUUCGAGAAACAAGUUUUCAGGGCAGAUCCCUAGUGAGCUUACGACCCUCCACAAGUUAAAAUCAUUGAAUUUAUCAAGAAAUCAAUUGACAGGAGAGAUCCCGAAUAAGAUAGGAGACAUGAAAUCACUUGAAUCUUUUGAUUUAUCUGUAAACAAUCUUUCUGGGGAACUUCCUAUGAGUUUGUCAGGGUUGAAUUUCUUGAGUAGCUUUAACGUGUCCUACAACAAUUUGACAGGAAGAAUUCCAACAGGUACACAAAUUCAAAGCUUCAAUGAGUCCAGUUUCAUUGGAAACAAACUUUGUGGAGCUCCACUAACUAAUGAUUGUGUACAUGUUGACAAACCUGAUACAACAAGCGACCAAAAAGAAGACGGUGGAUCACACAAAGUAGAUUGGGGGUUGAUUAUUAGCAUAGCGCUUGGAUUUAUUACUGGCUUUUGGGUCAUUGUGGUUUCAUUGAUACUCAAUAGAUCAUGGAAAAUCACAUAUUUCCGUCUCAUGAGGAAAUUGAUCAAGGUAUAA